AGCGAUCUCAGUUGGUUGAGCUCAAGCCACAUACACGUACACACACGCGCUCAUCUGUCCACAUCAGACAUACCAACACGGACAUUCAUAUGGAUGCAGGAAUCAUCCUCUGUAACAACACACACAGGCCCUCAGGGAAUGAUGCGAUCGCCACAAACCGAUCAGCCAUCUGUACACAGCUGCCCCAACCAAAUACACGCCACGCCCACAUGUACACAUGUACACACACACACAGAAACACACACAGAAACACACACACAUCCAUCCACCACACCAACCGAGGGGCGGGUGCAGGGGUUCCACGUGGGAAGGGAAACAGCCAAGCCAGUCGUGGACAAAAAGACGCCGGGACUUUGAUACGCGACAGUCGGUGGGUGAGGUGGGAGGUAGUCAUGCGCCUGUCUGGUACGAGCAGUAGUGUAGUGGCUCUUUGCACAAAGCCAUCGCAAGCCAGAGCCAGUGAGUCAGUGUGGGUGCGCGGGAUGCACCGACGACGACAACGUCAGUCAGUGCAUCCACUCACCAAACCGAUGAGACACUCGCGCGGGGUUGUGUGGGAGCUGAUGGGCGGCAAAACCGACACGAAUACGGUUGUUGGACGGUUGACAUGCAGCAUGGAGGAGGAACACACAUAUGCACAGACAGACAGACAGACGAGUAUACUGCACGCGAUCCGUGUGCUUGGAAAAUCCCCGAGCGGAAACAAACUCUCCCUUUCCUUUGGAAAUGCAGCCACACACAUAUAUAUUACAUUCCCGUACGGACACAUGAAGACGGAAAAAGGGGCUCCAGACACUCUGCAAGCAGUGUUCGCAGAAGAGGCGUACGUAUGUACACAGUACUUACGUGCUUCACGUGCGUUGUGAGCACACCCCAACCUCACACACCACGCCGGCGACGCCAAGCCCGCACGAGAAAGGCUCUCUCGACCAGGCUGACGUCACCGAUCCUCCGGCGAAAGGGAGAGGCGCACUCACACGUGUGACACACUGGGUGUUUCGGGAAUGAAUGGCCCUCCAGCUUCGAUUCGACCCCUGGCUAACCAGUCCUCCCACCAAUCCCCCCUGAGCACCGCACCCCACCGCACCCAAGCAGCAAGGCAAAAAGUCAAAACUCCCUCCACACCCGACACGCACGCCCCCUCCCUCCCUCGCUCCCCUGGUCCUCCUCCUUCAGCCCACUUGUGCAGCUGACGACGCACCUGUGGUGAAGACGAACCCCGCCCCAUACCUGGCCCUGCCCUGGUUGAUGUGUGUGCCGACGGCCUCCUGGAUCGCCCGUGCUGUCGUCUGUGCCUGCUGGUGGGCGGUGCGGUGUUGGUGCUCGCAUGGCGCGGUCUUGUGUGGCGGCGGGGGGCAGGAAAUGAGUGCGGCGGCCAUGGUCUCGGGCAGCUGCUUGUGAACCACCAUGUCGAAACACGCCACACCGCCCCAGGUGCUCGUGUGAGGCACGAUGUCCAAGUGCCUGAGAGACGGACGGGGAAUGAACGAACACCAAAUGGAUGGCGACCUGGUCGUGUCGUGUCGCGUUUAAUUAAGGCAGUCAGUCAGUCGCACCAGUGAUAUGAUCGUUCCCAGUCUGCCUCGAGUGAGAUGCCGCCCGCCUUGAGUCUGGACCUCUGUCUGCUGUGGUUGUGCAUCCAUUGGGUGCUGUUCUUCUUGACGGGCGUCGUGCGGACGAUCACAUUGUAGUCGGGGUCACCUGCAAAUAUAAGAUCAUGGUAUGUAUGUAUGGUCAGUCAUUAAACCCCUUUAGCUGCUCCGCCCACCCACUGACUGACCGAGUGCGUGGUAUAGCAUGUACAGGCAGUUGUGGAGUGCCUCCGACAGGUCAUGCAGCUCCUCGGACGUGGCGUCCAGGAAAGAAUGACUGUGACGCCUGAAGACAGAAGAACAAACCACACCACACAGACACCCAGCAAGGCACAUCACAUGUGGGAGCCUCUUGGACGCCUGUGUGUGCUGCCUGCCAGGUGUCUGUCGGUCUGUCCGUUUGACUGACCGUGGUACGAUCCACAUCUGGUACGCCCGGCUGGCUGCGUAAGGGACGAAGGCAACAAACGAGUCGUUCUGGAACACCACACGCGUACCUGGAAAACACCAACAGACACACGGGAUACAUUACUUCCAUGCAAUGGACCUCCAUCGGUCAGAUCAUGUGUGUCAGUCAGUCCAUCUGUCCAUCCAUCCAUCCAUACCAUCUCCCUCCAGGUCUUUGAGUUCGUCUUGCAGCACUCGACAGAAGACGCAGCUGCCCUGCUCGUCGUGGAACCGCCGCGCCCAGUCCAGCCGCUGCAACGUCACACUCGGGAUCACCGGCAGACCAACCACCUGGACCCCAACAGGCAGCAGCACAUCAGUCAGGGGGUGGGGUGCCUAUGGACAGUGGGGGGGUAUGUGAUAUGAUGUGUUGUUGUACCUGGAAGUGUGGGUGUUCCAGGCUGCCGCCGGAAAUGAGGCCGUGGUUCUCGAACAAGGCCACAUACCGAACGCUGCACACAUUCAGUCACACAUACAGGUAAGACGCCACAUGAGUCUGUCUGUCUCUGGCUGGCUAGGCUGCCCAACGUACGUACCGUGAGUCUUCAGCUGCCACCUGCCCCCUCAGCUGUAGCGUCUCGAGGAUGGACAGCACCUCCGACGGCCGCAUCAGCGCAGGGCACGUGUUAUGGUGCGGGUGACUCACUACUACCUGCAUCGCAUCGCAUCACACACACACACAAUGAAAACCGUGUGCACGGGUGAUCAUCGAAUGAAUCGAGUUGCCUUGCCUUCCCACCUCACCUCCUGUAUGCCGGCCCCCGUCACUUGUGGGUGCAGGCCGAAGAAGCCGCACUCGACGUACCGCCGAUCACGGGACAGAUACGGGAACUUGUUUGGCACCACUCGAAGCAACCUACACACAAAAUGGAACCAAUCAUGUGGGCAAACCAAGCAGUGCACCCACCCCACCCGCAUCGCUCUCUCCUUCCCUCCCUCCCUCACCAGUCGCUCUUGUGUUCAUCGUCCCCGGUGUGCACCACGCCACUGGCCGCAGGGUUGGGUACCUCGUACAGCACUGGCGGACAUGACGCCUCAUUGCCGGGGCAGAAUGGGCAGUCGGCAGCGUGCCGCGGCCGGUCCUCGGUGAGGCUGGAGGGUGGGUCGCUAUCGGGUGAGGAAGUGGGGCCCUCGCGUGCCUUGUUGUUGUGCUGCUUGUAGGUGAAGGGCUUGUUGCCCACCGCCGGGCUGUACAUGGACCAGGUGCCCGUGGCGAUGCACUGACGAAUAAACGACUCGCUCUCGGCAGGCGGACAAUCCCGCCAAAUGAUGCCCGGGCCAGCCAGCUCGGCGAGCGAGAGGUUCCUCCCUCGCUUGGGCACAUGGCAGUAGUCAGGAUAGCCCCAAUCAUCGGCGCCAUCCUCCUCCUUCCGCGGCUCACCGUCGGUCUCAGGCACGUCAGGGAACGACGACUGGCUCCACACGUCGGUGUUGUUCCCGUCUGGCGCCCGUCGCAUCCCCGCUGGCAGUGGUGAGUGACCUGUCGUGCUGCUUCCGUUGAGGCCGUGCGGCAUGGGUACUCGGCUGGGUCUGGUGUUGGCGGUCAUGGUGAGGCUCUGCUGCGGCCGCUGGGGAAGGGGUGAAGAGGGUGGCGGCACGUGGGGAGGGCGGAAGAGAGAGCAUGAACGCCGUGACAGCGUCCAUGAGCGGGACGGAGAUGACUGCAUCUUCAAGUUCAACUCAAAGAAAAACUCGAACAAAGAAGGUCAGCUGGCUGUGCUUGCUGCCACACAAUAGGCCAAUUCAGUGCUCCGCUUUUCUCAUCC